CAUGUCUUCUCACAAGACUUUCAGAAUCAAGCGAUUCCUGGCCAAGAAACAAAAGCAGAAUUGUCCUAUUCCCCAGUGGAUUCGGAUGAAAACUGGUAAUAAAAUCAGGUGCAACUCCAAGAGGAGACACUGGAGAAGAACCAAGCUGGGUCUGUGAGGAAGCAUCGCACAUCAUGAAAUAGCAAACAUAAUUGGCCCACGUAUUUUUUUUUUUUGGCACACAUAUUUAAGCCACAUGGAGAUCACAUGUUCCUAUCCUAUCAAUAUGGAAACAUCCUUCCUACCUGGCCAAUAGACAUGUCUUAUCAAGGG